UUGAGAAAAUUGCAUGCAUAUUCAGUGCCAUUAUUAAUUCUACCGUGUUGAAUUAUAGCAUUCAUUGUGCAAAAAAGGCUCAUAUAUUUGCAGUAGGCUGUUGCGCGUCAUGAAAUCAUAGAUAUAAAUGUGAUAAAAGAGUGCUAGUAUAGAAAACGACAGACAAUUGUAAUAAAAAACUUCCCCUGUUUUAAAAUCCUCUCUUAGUUUAUUUCUGAAAUGGGAAGGUACAUUUUGGAAAGGGCCGUCUCAGUUCUGAUUGGCCACUUGACUUCAUUUGUUUGUUCUAGAGCGCAGACAGGAUAAAGGGACAUAAAUGACGAAUGGGCGCAUCACCCUCUAUUGUCCCUUUGAUUUAUAUAUUAAGGAAAUGAUUAAGAGACUGCAUGUUGCUCACAGGACGCGCAGUGCUGUAGACCAACACACUCUCAGUCUGCAAGAGAAUGACUCCAAGACCCACGUGCGCUUCGGGGAGAAGGAAUGGGACCUUUAAAUCUAACUGGAGUUCGGCAUUAGAUCUCAAGUGUGGAUCCACAGACAUUACCAAAGGUCAACAAAUCAAAUACAGCAGGGAAUAUGAGCUUGGCAACGUAGACUCGGCGACUAAAGAGUGCUCGUCUACCUUCAGCGAAGAGAACGCAAGAAAUAAAAGAAUGAAGAAAGAAAUGCCAGUUAAAUCAGCAAGGAGACAGCGUGGGAAUCGCAGAGUUAAGGCAAACGAUAGAGAAAGGCACCGCAUGCACAAGCUGAACUCCGCUCUGGAUAAUCUGAGAAGCGUGCUUCCAACUUUUCCCGAUGACGCGAAACUGACUAAAAUUGAAACUCUGAGAUUCGCGCACAAUUACAUUUGGGCAUUGUCAGAAACAUUGAGAAUUGCAGACCAUGUUCGGCAAAUUUCAAAUCACGCUCGGGACCAGGAGAACCUCACGGUGCCGAGCGCUUGCUUGGAUGCGCGUUAUAGCGCAUCAAGCACAUGCGCGUCCAAGUGGCACUCCACAAACUCAUCAUCAAAUUAUCAAGAAACCCAAGGCUACUACACUGAUUUGUUGCUAGAGGAAUUUAAUUGCAAUUUUCAGGACAAUCUAACAUUUUGAUUUGCUGGGGAAAAUCGAAUCUGCGAGUAGCACAACAAAUUUGGCAAAAGUUGACCCUUGCUAUUAGGACCACGAAUAUGACACGUUUCAGGGCAGCUCCUAAGUGUAUAAAUGUUACUUUUCGUUUAAGUCUGAAAAAAUUAUUUUAAUUAUUCAAACGAUUUAUUGCAUGCUAUGGCGAUAAUAGACAUAUAAAUGUUGUAAAUAUUGUUUCUGUUAUGUCCUUCUUCCUAUUUUAAUUCAAGCAAAUAAAUAAAAAGUUAUUUAAAUCUA